AUGAACACCGACGAUCUCAGAGACAACAAAAAUACUUCAAUUGUCAAGCAAGACUACAUCGAGACUACUGAAAUCCCUCAGCAUGAUGGAAAGCGUUUCAAGUACGAUGCUGAUUUGAGAAGGCAAAGAUUGGCCGGUGGUGCCAAGUUGAAAGAUGUCUUGAUGAUUCUUUGUGCUGGUUUCGCUUUGAUCUCAGAUGGUUAUCAAAAUAACGUCAUGUCCAUGUUGAACAAGGUAUUCGCUAUUGAAUACCCCAAAGAAUAUACCGCAUCUAUGUCUACUAGUGUCUCUAACGCAUCUCUUGUCGGUACUAUUCUUGGACAGGUUGCCAUCGGUCUUACCUGUGACUACCUCGGUAGAAAGUGGUCCAUUAUUACUGCCACACUCUUCUUGAUUCUCGGUACUGUUUUGUGUGCUGCUGCUCAUGGUGCUACUGUCAACGGUAUGUUCUGGAUGUUGAUCAUCUGUAGAGGUGUCACUGGUUUCGGAAUUGGUGCUGAAUACCCAUCUUCAUCUGUUACUGCUUCCGAAGCUGCCAAUGAAUCUGUUAGGAGAAGAGGUGGUGCCUUCAUCUUGUGUACCAACUUGCCACUUUCCUUCGGAGGUCCAUUUGCAUUGAUCAUUUUCUUGAUUGUCCACAAGAUCACAGGAAAGCACUAUGAAGGUCUCUGGAGAACCAUGUUUGCCAUUGGAGCCUUCUGGCCCUUGUCUAUUUUCUACUUCAGAUUGAAGAUGUCUACCUCUGUGUUGUACAAGAAGUCCGCCAUCAAGCAAGUUGCUCCAUACUGGUUGGCUAUUAAGUACUACUGGCCAAGAAUGAUUGGUACAAUGGUAGCUUGGUUCUUGUACGAUUUUGUUACUUUCCCUAACGGUAUCUUCUCUGCUGGUAUUAUCGCCAACGUUAUUCCAGCAUCUGAAAAGAAUAACUUGGAAUUGAUUGCCGAAUGGAACUUGUUGAUUGGUGCACUUGCCUUGCCAGGUGUUUUCAUCGGUGCUUACUUGAAUGAUGUUAUCGGUAGAAAGUACACUAUCAUGCUUGGUUUCAGUGGUUAUAUUGUCUUUGGUUUGAUUGUUGGCUUGGCUUACAACAAGGUGAAACAUAUCACUGCUCUCUUCAUUGUCUUGUACGGUUUAAUGAUGUCCUGUGGUAACAUGGGUCCAGGUGACGGUAUGGGUUUGAUUUCAUCUGAAUCUUACGCUACACCAAUCAGAGGAACUGCCUAUGGCCUUUCUGCCGCAAUUGGUAAAGUUGGUGCUGUUGUUGGUACUAAGACCUUCACUCCUAUCCAAACUAACUUGGGUGACAGAUGGACUUUCAUUAUCGCUGCUAUUUGUGGUUUGGCCGGUGUCUUGGUUACCUUCUUCUUCAUUCCUCACUUGAAGGAAGAAGAUUUGUUAGAGGAAGAUGUUAAGUUCAAGAACUACUUGCUUGAAAAUGGCUGGAAGGGUCACUUCGGUAUUCCAUCUGAAAACAACGAAGAAGAAGACCUUGAAUCUACCGACGAUGACUUCUCUGUCAAGAAAUAA